AAAAAGAGAGAGAGAGAGAGAGAGAGAGAGAGAGAGAGAAAGAGAGAGAGGGGGGAAAAAAGGAAAGGAAAAAAAAAGUGGGGGGAGGCAGACAGACACACACUUUAGAUAAGGACAAUUAGUCACCAGUGAGACCCUGUAGGAAGAGAGGUUUAAAUCAGAGGGAUUUAAUGAGGGUGCUCUGUGCCUUCCCUGAAGCCAUGCCCUCCAGCAACUCCCGCCCCCCUGCGUGCCUAGCCCCGGUGGCUCUCUUCUUGGCUCUGUUGUUCCAUCUCUCCUUUUCCUCCCAAGUUGGAGACAGGAGACCCUUGCCUGUAGACAGAGCUCCAGGUUUGAAGGAAAAGACCCUGAUUCUACUUGAUGUGAGCACCAAGAACCCAGUCAGGACAGUCAAUGAGAACUUCCUCUCUCUGCAGCUGGAUCCGUCCAUCAUUCAUGAUGGCUGGCUCGAUUUCUUAAGCUCCAAGCGUCUGGUCACCCUGGCUCGGGGACUUUCGCCCGCCUUUCUGCGCUUCGGGGGCAAAAGGACCGACUUCCUGCAGUUCCAGAACCUGAGGAACCCGGCGAAAAGCCGUGGGGGCCCCGGUCCGGAUUACUAUCUCAAAAACUAUGAGGAUGACAUUGUUCGAAGUGAUGUUGCCCUGGAUAAACAGAAAGGCUGCAAGAUUGCUCAGCACCCUGAUGUUAUGCUGGAGCUCCAACGGGAGAAGGCAGCUCAGAUGCAUCUUGUUCUCCUAAAGGAGCAAUUCUCUAAUACUUACAGUAAUCUCAUAUUAACAGCCAGGUCUCUAGACAAACUUUAUAACUUUGCUGACUGUUCUGGACUCCACCUGAUAUUUGCUCUAAAUGCACUGCGUCGGAAUCCCAACAACUCCUGGAACAGUUCUAGUGCCCUGAGUCUGUUGAAGUACAGUGCCAGCAAAAAGUACAACAUUUCUUGGGAACUGGGUAAUGAGCCAAAUAACUAUCGAACCAUGCAUGGCCGGGCAGUAAAUGGCAGCCAGUUGGGAAAGGAUUACAUCCAGCUGAAGAGCCUGUUGCAACCCAUCCGGAUUUACUCCAGAGCCAGCUUGUAUGGCCCUAAUAUUGGGCGGCCCAGGAAAAACGUCAUCGCCCUCUUAGAUGGAUUCAUGAAGGUAGCAGGAAGCACAGUGGACGCAGUUACCUGGCAACAUUGCUACAUUGAUGGCCGAGUGGUCAAGGUGAUGGACUUCCUGAAAACUCGCCUGUUAGACACACUCUCUGACCAGAUUAGGAAAAUUCAGAAAGUGGUUAAUACAUACACCCCAGGAAAGAAGAUUUGGCUUGAAGGUGUGGUGACCACCUCAGCUGGAGGCACAAACAAUCUAUCAGAUUCCUAUGCUGCAGGAUUCUUAUGGUUGAACACUUUAGGAAUGCUCGCUAACCAGGGCAUUGAUGUUGUGAUACGACAUUCAUUUUUUGACCAUGGAUACAAUCACCUUGUGGACCAGAAUUUCAACCCAUUACCUGACUACUGGCUCUCUCUCCUUUACAAGCGCCUGAUUGGCCCCAAAGUCUUGGCUGUGCAUGUGGCCGGGCUCCAACGGAAGCCACGGCCAGGCCGAGUGAUCCGGGACAAACUAAGGAUUUAUGCUCACUGCACAAACCACCACAACCACAACUAUGUUCGAGGGUCCAUUACGCUUUUUAUCAUCAACCUGCACCGAUCAAGAAAGAAAAUCAAACUGGCUGGAACUCUCAGGGAUAAGCUUGUGCACCAGUAUCUGCUGCAGCCCUAUGGACAGGAGGGCCUGAAGUCCAAGUCAGUGCAGCUGAACGGCCAGCCCCUAGUGAUGGUGGAUGAUGGGACCCUCCCAGAACUGAAGCCCCGCCCCCUGCGGCCUGGCCGGACUUUGGUCAUCCCUCCAGUCACCAUGGGCUUUUAUGUGGUCAAGAACGUCAACGCUUUGGCCUGCCGCUACCGAUAAGCCACCCUCAUACCCACAAGUUACCAGCUGGUCUGCUGGACCGCUUUCCACUCUCCCACCCUGAUAGUAUCCUGAUUUUUCAGACAUCUUCUUAACAACAAAUCAAUCUCUGCUGCCCCAUCCUGCUGGAAUCAGCAGACUUGCUCUCCAAAGAGACUAAUGCCAUAGCAUGAGCUUAGCCUAGGUAGGCCACAUCCACCCCAAAGGAACAUGUAGACAUCACCCAUCACUGUACCUAUGUAAGGAUGAAGGUACAUGUAUAGAGCUGUAUGUAUCCAUGUAUACACCAUGUAAAUGAGCUGAUGGCACAUGCCAAGGACAGAUGAAACAGCUCUCCAUGAUCCGGGUCACACAGCUAUACGACUGUGGACCAUAGCGUGUGACUGCUGCCCUCAGCACAAAAUGGGGAAGGAAACCACCAGGUGGGCCCUCAGGAGCCCAAUCCUCCUCUGAUUCCUCUCCUUGUCUGUUCCCUGCUGUUGCCCUGGGUUUCCCGUCACCUCUCUUCCUACAGGGGAGCAGGCAGGUGGGUCAGCGCCGGCCUGCUGGGUGAGCUGUUUCUGUCAUUUCCUGGUUGAUGCAUGAUUGUGUGCAUCUGGGCUUCUGACAGUGGCAUCCAUCACUGACUAUUCCUCUGGGAAGCGGGUGCUUCAAAAGUAAAAUUGCAAUCAUGCUCCAGAUUUUGUAAGAGGGUUCUAUUCCUCUGUGCAUCCAGAUUCCCCUGGGGUUGGAAUGGGAGUCAGGUAACAAUAUUCAUGGAGUGGAGAACAAUGUAUUAGGCACCACAGAAAGCAAUCAUCAUCCGUCAUGUGGCUGAGAGGAAGGGAGCUUCAGCACAAAGAGAAAGCACACUGAACCAGCAAAUGCACAUGCACACGUGCACACACGCACGUGCACACACCCCCCAACUGAACAAGCAAAUAAUUAGACCUGUAUCAAAUCUGAAGGAAUUUUAAGGGCAUGUAGAUCAAGCUCUUAAUAGUUUGUCUGACCAAAACCAUAAAAAAAAAAAGGUGUAAAUCGAAAGUCAUCACUGUAAGAUACAAGGGAAUCUAACCUUUCUGCCUCUUCCCAAGGAGUGGUGAGCCUGCCAGUGGCAUUUCCUAGGCAGAAAGCUAAUCCAGUCCUGAAAGAUGACCAGGUCCCUGCUCCCCCAGACCAGCCCCCAGGCAACAGAACAAAGCUUUCAGUUCACCACCUGGGGAAGAGGGUAUCUGGAAACUGAGGUCUGCUGGGGAACUGUGGAGUGGUGAGUGGGAUCCCCCCCACCCCCGAACUGGGCAGGGGACAUGGACUGAUUUAAAGUUUAUGAUAAACCUUCCAUAUGAUUUAAGAGGUAAGAUGCAAAUAAGCUGCCACUGAAACUACUCUUUCCUAUGGGUUUGAUUUUCUUUCUCAGGGUAAAUGGCAUGAAUGACAGGGGCUAAGGACAGGGCCAGGUCUGAGGUGACACAAGGGAGGAAGUCCAGGAGACUCAGCAUGGAGAACAGAGAUGGGGGGUGAUUGGGGGGAGGGAAGCAACAGGCCACUCUUUGCGUGAGGAAGAGUGGACUUGGGUUUUGUCAAGUGUGUCAGCAGGUCCAGGAGGAUGAGCACACCGGAGGUGGGGGAACAAAUACUGGGCUGGACCUGGUCAGUGGGCAUGCUCAGCCCAGAAGAGGAUGGAGAGAGGGGAGCAGACCCUGGCACUGUCAGGUGCAAGGUUAUCCUAGGGGGCCUCCUCCUCAGGAAGCAGGCAGCUCCUGCUGAAGCCUCAGCUCUGGUGGGGAGCAAGGGAAGAGAAGCGCCAAGGCUGGGAUAGAACAGCCCAAAUGAGGACAGUCCAAGUAAGGAAGACAGAGGAAAGGAGAGACCAAGUAGUUGUCUCCCCAAAGUUUAAAAAAUUUGUGCAGAUAACAAAAUCUCCUCUAUAUAUGGGCACAGCUAUAGGCCUCCAAUGAUAACAUAAGAGCAGCGGUCCCAGUGGGUCUGGGCCUGGCCAGUUUGCUUUACAUAUAUAGUAGCCCCAUGAAGGAGUCCCUGGUUUUACCCCCACCUUCCGAUGAGGUGUGGAGAGAGGUCGUAGCUGGCCCAGGGCCACCCAGGGCAGUGGGUUGCUGAGUGGAGAAUAAUCCAGUGCCUGUCCAUUUAACCACCAAGCCCAGUGGUUGCCCACCUCACAGCCUCACUCCCUCACCUCGAAUUCAAUGCAGUCAAACCUCCAGAACUCCAUGCAAAGCACACUUUGUGUAAAUAAGUGUUGAUUCUUCACUAAGCUUCUAAGCCUGCAGAAGAUAGGCAGUUUCUGCUUCUUUUUUCUUUCUCUGUGUAUUAAAUGCUCCCAAGAGGUUUAAA